UCCUGUUGCAAAACGUUUCUUAAACGGAAGCAAACGGAACGAAACCUACCUGAAUUUGUCUAAUAGAAACGGUAGUUUUCGUUGUUUUGCAACUGGUUGGACUAAUGAUUACACCCGGUCCCCUUGCUUUUGCAGUGGAGCUUUGCGUUGUAGCAAGCUACCCAUAAUGCAAUGCUAUGCUAGCUGGUUCUUAGCGGAGUAGCCAGAGAGCAGAAAACAACAACAAGAAGGGUGAACGAGGCUCAACAACAGGCUAGCUACUAGCUAGGCCAGCUACAUGGGUAGCGACAAAAGCGACCAGGAUUUAUCAAACGCAAUGUCCUUAUCUCAAUUAUUUGUCAUCUAGAAGGAUAUGUGGGUGAUGUCAUUUUAGGUGAGGACGAAUCAUAUUUGCUGUUGCAUAUCGCUUUGCAUUGACAUUAAUCGAACCCUGCUCGAGAGCAAGCUAGCUAGCAAUCGACGUCUCUCUAUGUUCGAAUAUUUUCCGGCGGCAGCAGCGGUGCCAUGAACAGUGGACUCCCAGCUUCAGCUGCUCCACUCGGGGGUGUCGGAAUACCCUGCGUCAAGGUGAAGUUCUGCCGAUACUACGCAAAGGACAAGACUUGCUUUUAUGGGGACGAGUGUCAGUUUUUGCACGAGGAACCGUCCAUGGCAAGCAUGUCCCUUCACGGCGGAGGAAGCCCUGUCCCUUUAUCCAUGUCAGGAGGAGCCGUGACGGCAGCGGGGUAUCCGCUUAGUGCACCCCCGGCCUGCCCGGUCGGGGUACCGACCGUCCCCAAAAAGAGCGACUCUCUGGGGGCUGCAGGCACGGCUCUGGAGGGACAACUGUUAACCAUCCCUGGUAUGGAGGGUGGGACCCUGAGCAAUGCCAAUCUGACCAACUCCUACUUCAGCAGCAGCUUCAUUGGGGUCAAUGGCUUCGGGAGCCCCGCAGAGUCUAAAUACUCAAUGAUGCAGAGAAUGACCAGCAGCAGCAGUUCUCCCAGUCUCCUUGACGACAGUGCCAAGAACUUCAGCCACAAUGCUCAUGAUCUAUUCCAUGGAACCCUCGCAGUUGGACCAGGUCAGAGUUGUGGGUCGAUGGAAAACUCCCCUUGGACAACACAGUCUUCAUUCCCUCUUCCUCUAUGUCCUCUUCCAGAUCCAGUUAAUUCCCCUAUGUCUUCACUCUUCAGUGACUUUGGUGCUCUGAGCAUAUCACAAAGGAGAAAGGCUCCUAACCCUACAGCCAAUGAGUUCAUCCCUAAGGGGGCUCCCCGCAUGGCCACUGUGGUCCAGUCCAGUGGUCCGGCCUUCCCCUCGCCCCUCUUCCCCCACCCCAGCCUCAGCAGCUCCACCGCUGCCGCCCUCGCACCCGGGAUGUCUCUUUCUGCAGGGUCCUCCCCCCUCCACUCCCCCAAAAUCACCCCCCACACCUCCCCCGCCCCUCGCCGGCGCAGCCACACCCCCAACCCCAACCCAGCCAACUACAUGGUGCCCACCAGUGCGUCUGACCAGGGGGCCCACAUCAUCCAGAAGGAGACGGUGGGGGGGACCACCUACUUCUACACCGACAACACCCCCGCUCCCAUGGCCGGGAUGGUGUUUCCUACCUACCACAUCUACCCCCCCACCGCUCCCCACGUUGCCUACAUGCAGCCCAAAGCCAACGCCCCGUCCUUCUUCAUGGCUGAUGAACUCCGACAGGAGCUGAUUAACAGACAUUUGAUCACCAUGGCUCAGAUCGACCAGUCAGAGAACACCGGUGUUCCAUCUGAGGUGGACAGCUACCACAGCCUGUUUCCCCUGGAGCCUGUCCCCCCUCCCAACCGCCUGCAGAAGACCAGCAACUUCAGCUACAUCACUUCCUGCUACAAGGCCGUCAACAGCAAGGACGACCUGCCAUACUGCCUGAGGAGGAUACAUGGUUUCAGGUUGGUGAACACCAAGUGUAUGAUGCUGGUGGAUAUGUGGAAGAAGAUCCAGCACUCCAACUCUGUUACCCUGAGGGAGGUCUUCACCACCAAGGCCUUUGGAGACCACUCGUUGGUGUUUUCCUAUGAUUUCCAUGCGGGGGCAGAGACCAUGUUUAGCAGGCACUUCAACGACCCCACGGCCGACUCCUACUUCACCAAGAGGAAGUGGGGGCAGCACGAGCCCCCUCCACCCCGGCAGCAUGCAGGUCUGCUUCCUGAGUCUCUGAUCUGGGCCUACAUCGUCCAGCUGAGCUCAGCCCUCAGAACCAUUCACACUGCUGGCCUGGCCUGUAGGGUCAUGGACCCUAGCAAGAUCCUCAUCACCGGCAAGACCAGGUUACGGGUGAACUGUGUAGGGGUGUUUGAUGUCUUAACGUUUGACAACAGUCAGACUAACCAUGUGGCCCUCAUGCCACAGUACCAGCAAGCGGACCUGAUCUCCCUGGGCAAGGUGGUGUUGGCCCUGGCCUGUAACUCUCUGGCUGGAAUUCAGAGAGAGAACCUGCAGAAGGCCAUGGAGCUGGUGUCAAUCAACUACUCAUCAGACCUCAAGAACCUCAUCCUGUAUCUACUGACAGAGCAGUCAAGGCUGCGAAGCGUCAAUGACAUCAUGCCCAUGAUCGGAGCUCGCUUCUACACACAGCUGGACGCAUCACAGAUGAGGAAUGAUGUAAUCGAGGAGGACCUUGCCAAGGAGGUCCAGAAUGGUCGUCUCUUCCGUCUGUUGGCCAAACUGGGCACCAUCAACGAGAGGCCAGAGUUUCAGAAGGACCGUACGUGGUCUGAGACAGGAGACCGCUACCUGCUGAAGCUGUUCAGAGACCACCUGUUCCACCAGGUGACGGAGGCUGGGACCCCCUGGAUAGACCUCAGCCACAUUGUCUCCUGCCUCAACAAACUGGACGCGGGCGUGCCUGAGAAGAUAAACUUGGUGUCUCGUGAUGAGAAGAGUGUUCUGGUGGUGACCUACUCGGACCUGAAGCGCUGCUUCGACAGUACCUUCCAGGAGCUGCAGCAGGCUGCUGCCACCACCCCCCUGUAGCGCCCCCACCAGGCAGCGGGGUGGGACUGCCUGAACCCUGAACCUGACAGCACAUUAUUGCACUACAUCGGAGGACCAGGCGCAUAGUGAUGACAUCAUCAGAGGGGCAGAGGUGGCGGGACUUGCUGGAUCUCAGUCACAUACACUGUCUUGGCAACCAGGAAGGCUUUUCUAAAGCUGCUUUUUUUUAAAAAGUUUUUCUAAAACCCCGCAGCUGCGACUACAAAUUAUGGACAAAAACAGAAGCUGUGACCAUGACGAUGAGAACAAGGAUAAUGAACAAUGCAUUUUUUUUUAGACUUGGGGAACAAAACGGAUACAAAAAAAAUACUUCUUCCUGCUUUUUUUCUGUGGAGGAUGCACUAAGACUUUACUUUUAAUGAAUGUGUGUGAGUGGCCUACAAGAUGCAGCUACAGAGAGAGGUGAAGUCAGACACACACACAGACACAGACUGAGAACUGAAUAUAAAUCAGGCUUUCUUUUUACUGCGUCUCUCUUCCUGCUGGAGACCACACCCCUUCAUACCAACGCACUAAGAGACGGGACAGACCACUGGAUGCUUUCAAAGGGGGUGGUCAGAGAACCCAUUCAUGAAAUGGACCGGUCCAAGUCAGCCUUGGUUGUCAGUUCCCACUCAGAAAGGACAAACCACUGAGUUUUGGAGUAGGGUGCGGGUUGGGAUGGGGACUCUGUUGAAACAGACCAGUGUUGGGUCAAACUGUGGUUUCUGUUGGCACCGAGUGUCUUUUCCCGAUGGCUGUGUACGUGUUUGUUAGAGCAGAGUCAUGCAGGCCGGCAGCAGCCUCCUUUUUUGCUUAAUGUGGAAAAUGUUGUGAGACAAAUGAAGAACGUGGGAGAAGGAGCUGGCUCCUCAGCUCUGGGAUGGAACCCAUGGAUUGGGCCAAAACUAGAUAAUGGAGCCAGUUCUGCCUCAAUGUGGAAUGUCCUUUUCUUUGCCCCUUCCCUCCCUCCCUCCCUCCCUCCCUCCCUCCCUC